AUGGUGCCGGGCGAGUACGCAACGGAGACGGUGCACCUGCUCGUGCUCGUGCACGGCAUGUGGGGCAACCCGAGCCACCUCGCGGAGACGCGGCGGGUGAUGCUCGCGACGCGCGGCGCGGCCGCGGACGCGAGCAGGAGCGUGGGCCCCGGCGGGGAAAGGCUACAUGUGCUGGUGGCGGAGACGAACCAGGAGGCGGCGACGUACGACGGGAUCGACUGGGGCGGGGAGCGCGUCGCGGAGGAGAUCUACGCUGAGGUCAAAUCGCUGCAGAAGGAGGGCAGGAAGGUGACCCGGUUCUCGGUGACCGGAUACUCCCUUGGCGGGCUCGUCUCGCGCUAUGUCAUCGGGAUCUUGCACCAGCGCGGGUUCUUUGACACCGUUACUCCGGUGAAUUUCAACACAUUGGCAACACCGCAUAUAGGCCUACCCAAGUACCCGACUUUCCUCUCGUCGCUCACGAACUACUUCGGGCCCAAACUGCUUUCGCGGACGGGAGAACAGUUCUACACCGUCGACAAGUGGUCGAAGAAUGGUCGACCAUUGCUGGAGGUUAUGGCUGACCCAUCCCGCAUCUUCUACCAGGCACUCGCCUCGUUCCAGCAUGUCCGGAUAUACGCCAACGCCGUCAAUGACCUCACGGUUCCUUAUGUCACCGCCGCCAUUAAAGCCACAGAUCCGUUCCUCAACCAUGAAUUUAAUGGAGUCACAAUAGAAUUAGAUGAAACGUAUCCCGCUAUAAUCAAGUCAUACAACAUACCCGAACAAUUUCUGGCCAAGCCCCAGGUUACACCUCUGUCAUCGGAGUGGUUCAAAAGCAUGAAGCCCAGGCGUCCUAUGCUGCCGCCUCCGCUCCAAUUUGGCUUCCCUUUCAAUCUGGUGAUCUAUGCUAUGACGCCUUUGCUGAUUCCCCUGUUCAUGUCCCUCGUCCUCACUCGUCUGAGCGCGCAUCCAGCUGCUGAGAAGGAAGGCUCCGAAUCGGGCACGGAGCGCCUCGCGCACAUCGUAGGCAAGCUCGAACACGACAUGGAGGGGGCAAUGCUCGAGAUCUUCGAGGGUGACUUCGCCGAGAACGGCACCGCAUCGUCCCCUGCCCGGCUCAAGAAGGAGCUCGCUUGGUUCCCGAACGUGAUGAACGCGCACGCCGUCAUCAUCUCGCGCGACGUGAAGCGCUUUCCGGUCCACAAAGAGGGCGAGUCCGUGCUACAGCAUUGGGCGGACCACUGGAUCAUCUAG